AUGACGUUCACUAUCUCAGCCGUCACCUACGAUGACGCUGCUGGAAUUUCGAAGAACAACAUGACGGCCUUCUAUCAUACCGAUACUCAUUGGCGCGCGCUCUGGAAGUCGACGCCUUUGGAUGAGAUCAUCGAGGGUGCCACAGCUCGUAUGCCUCACAGCCUCGCCGGCGGUAGGGAAAAGAAGAGACACCAGAAAGCCGUUGAUGAUGAUAGCGGUGAAGUCGUGGGCUACGCACGGUGGAUCCUGCCAGAUGAUGAUGACCGCAUUUCUUGGCCCGAAGCAGUUGUUCGGGAACCCAGGCAAGAUGAAGCUGAUAAGUUCAAGGCAGCCUUCCAGGCCAAUACCGAGGGCGGUUCUAUCAGGGGUAUGGAUGGAAAGCUACAAGCUGCUCUUGGACUGCCUCUUGAGGAGGCUGAAAUUGCCGCAAUGCAAUCACAUAAAGGCCCAUUCCUGGUUCUUGAUUAUCUUGCGGUCCACCCAGAUCACAGGCGGAAGGGGAUUGCUUCUGCUUUAGUGAAAAGUGGCCUAGAUCAGGCUGAUAUAGUCGAGAUAAAAGUUUGGGUAAUGGCUACCAAGACUGCGCAACCGAUGUACGAAAAGCUAGGAUUCGAGCUCCUUCAUAGCGUCAAAACACCUGUCACAGAGUUUGGAAUUGCAGAGCCGCACGAGAAGGCCUUUUUGAUGAAGAGAUAG